AUGCCAAAAGAUCGCAGUGGAAAGCGUCGUUCCCUCGGUCACGAACCUUCUGCGAAAGCGGGCAGUCGCGCAUUCGCGGUGCAGGAUAACGCCGUGAAGCAUGUAGAAAUAGGAGAGAUGGAGGAUGCAUCGGGCAAUGAGAUUUUGCGCGCCAUGGAGGCGGAGCAGGAGGCAGAGGCCGGCCCGUCGCUCAAGAAAAAGGAGAAGCGUCAAUUGAAGCACGAACUCUUCAUACAAAGGCUAGAAGAAACCCGUGCGCCGUAUAGCAAGUCGCAUAACCGCCGAAUAAAACGGAAGGAGCGCGAUGAGAUCGCCGGCGGCGCGUUGAAGGGUCUUUCAUCGGUUCUGUCACAACUCGAUGAUGCACCGGCGGCGGCUGCAGCCGAUUCCGGUGCAGAAAUUGAGGCUGCGCCACAACGAGCUCGGCCGCGACCAGGACAGAUCGGGGAAGGCAAGAGUGCGCCGCUGUCCAAGGCACAACGGAAGAAAGCAUUGAAAACGGAGAAGUUUAGGCUUCCUCUUAUCAUGCAGAAUCCCGAAUUCAAGGCUAAUCCAUUCGCAACUAUCCGAACUCAUGCGCAAAAUACGUUGAUACAACAUCAACCGCCUAGUGGCACAGCCUAA